AUGACGAAUGUGCAAACGCUUGAGCGUAUCGGCGCACAUUCGCAUGUGCAUGGCCUCGGCUUGGACGAGCGUCUUGAGCCAUACGAAAGUGCCCAAGGUAUGGUAGGGCAGCGCGCUGCGCGGAAAGCUGCUGGAAUGAUUGUCAAGAUUGUACAGAAUGCCAAGAUCGCGGGACGCGCCAUGUUGAUGGCAGGGCCUCCCGGCACAGGAAAGACAGCCAUCGCCAUGGGUAUGGCACAGACCCUGGGACCUGAUGUCCCUUUCAUUAUGUUAUCAGCUUCAGAAGUUUUUUCGCUAGAAAUGAGUAAGACAGAAGCGCUGAUGCAGGCAUUCCGCAAGGCCAUUGGUGUGCGCAUUCGUGAGGAGGCAGAGCUCAUUGAGGGCGAAGUCGUCGAGAUCCAAAUUGAUCGGAGCCUUACAGGCGCCACAAAAACCGGCAAAAUCAUUAUCAAAACAACUGACAUGGAGACUGUGUAUGAACUUGGCAACAAGAUGAUUGAUGCACUGCAAAAAGAAAAAGUGGCAGCUGGAGACGUGAUAACGAUCGAAAAGUCUAGUGGCCGGAUAUCCAAACUUGGCCGCAGCUUCGCGUGCUCGCGUGAUUAUGAUGCCAUUGGAAGUGAUACAAAAUUUGUCCAGUGCCCAGAGGGUGAGCUUCAGCGUCGGCGGGAAGUCGUCCACACCGUUUCACUACACGAAAUUGACGUCAUCAAUUCGCGCACACAGGGAUUUCUUGCUCUAUUUGCCGGAGAUACGGGUGAGAUCAAACCGGAGCUUCGUGAUCAAAUCAAUGCCAAGGUUGGCGAAUGGCGUGAGGAGGGCAAGGCUGAGAUUGUGCCUGGAGUACUCUUCAUCGACGAAGUACACAUGCUUGACAUUGAGUGUUUCUCGUUCCUUAACCGUGCGUUGGAAUCGGAGCUUGCGCCUCUUGUCGUGAUGGCCUCAAACCGCGGUCAGGCUCGAAUUCGGGGUACGCGCUUCUCCAGUCCGCACGGCCUCCCCAUUGAUCUGUUGGAUCGGAUCCUGAUUAUAAGUACUAAACCUUACUCGGACACAGAAAUCAAAGAAAUCCUAUCUAUUCGUGCCCAAGAAGAAGACGUAAAGCUCAAACCCGAGGCUUUGGACGUUCUCACGCGCAUGGCUGUAGAGACGUCCCUUCGUUAUACGAUCAAUCUCAUUACUACGGCACACCUAGCAGCGAAACAAAGGAAGUCGGACGAAGUUGACGUUGCUGAUGUUCGUCGCGUAUACAGUACGUAUGACCUGAAUAUGCCUGUGUCGCGUCGGUCACUAACUUUUUAG